CAGUCAAUAGGACUGUGUGUUCCCUAAGCACUUUACAUUCCGUUUAAAUAAUUCAAAUACGUAUAGCUCGUACCAGUUCGGACACAUAAACGCAUAAAAUUAGAGAAACUUUCGGUUUCGGUAACCGUCGUUUACGUUUACGUUACUCAUACUCGUGCGUUACUCGAGCGAACUGUACGCACUUGAACUGUGUCAAGCAAUAAGCAAAACUUAAUAUCACAAUAUCCCUAUUGACAAAAACUUAUUCUAGAUCAAACGAUGAUCAAACGGUCAACGAUAGCCUGAUAACGGUAAUAAAAUCUUUAGAGAAGUAUACUUUUAUUGAAAGAUGACGCACCGACUGGCUAAAAAUAUUAUGACCGAUACUUCUCGCACUGAACAGUAACUUUAGCGUCGCAAAUGUUGCAACUAUGUUAACGUAAAAAAGAAAGAGCUGUAAGUAACAGUAGACAUUUUCAAUAUUUUGCAUGAUAGUUUUGGAUUUCAUGCGUUUCCGUCAAAGCACAGGUGACUCAGCAACGUUGUUACUCUAAUCAGUUAUUUAAAGACAAACCAAACAUGACAGAAGACAUGUUGGGUGCAGAUAUCUGCAGGGUCUGUCGAUCCGAGGGUCUUGCCGAUAGACCACUGUUUCAUCCUUGUAUCUGUACCGGUAGCAUCAAAUGGAUACAUCAAGAAUGUUUAGUGCAAUGGAUGCGUUACUCGCGCAAAGAAUACUGUGAACUAUGUGGAUAUCGUUUUUCAUUUACACCAAUCUAUAGCCCAGACAUGCCUCGCCGUCUACCAUUAAGAGAUGUAAUCGGUGGAUUAUUUUCAAACAUAAUCACAGCCGUCAAAUAUUGGCUACAUUAUACUUUAGUUGCAAUAGCAUGGCUUGGUGUUGUUCCAUUAACUGCUUGCAGAACUUACAGAGCUUUAUUCAGUGGGCCUCUAGAUCUGAUUCGAAUAAUGUCGUUACCAAGGGACAUGCUAUCCACAGAAAAUAUAUCGUCAGACUUAUUUCACGGCAGUCUUGUAGUUUCAUGUACGCUGUUCGCGUUCAUCGGUUUGGUAUGGUUAAGAGAACAAAUUUUGCACGCCGAUGGUCCAGAUUGGCUCGAAAGAGAUAUAGUGGUAGUGCCAGUGGUUAACAAUCCAUUACACGCGAACAUACUUCAGAGGCAAAGAGCCCUUUUGCAACAGGAAAUUCAAGAUAAUAAUAAUGUCCCACCUUUUGUGGACGAACCUCCUCAUUUGGUAAUGAAUGUACUUCAUUUUCCUGGGGAUGCGAAUGAAGAAGAACAUAGGGUAGAGAAUAACAAUUUAGAAGAACAUCGAAGGAUAGAUAUAACCGAAAGAAUCGCUAGAGAAAACGAACUGGUGAGACGAGGAGCUCUAAGAAACGUGGAGCAAGAGUUAAAUCUGCUGCCUGAGGAUUUGGAACUACCUGUAGCUCCCAGAGAUAUAGAACCGUUGAUACCUCCUAGAGACAUGGAAGUACCUACACCUCCUAGAAACAUUGAACAACCACCAGUACCUCCUAGAGAAGAAUUGAGGGUAGACGGUGAACAAGCAAAUGCUAGAGCUGCCGAAGGAUGGAGAGAUCAAGGUCAGGGUCAAGCACAAGGUGAAGCCGAAGAAGCCAAUUGGAAUCCAAUGGAAUGGGAUAGACCGGCUGAAGAAUUAACUUGGGAACGUCUUCUUGGUUUAGAUGGUUCCUUAGCUUUUCUUGAACACGUGUUCUGGGUCGUGUCCUUGAAUACUCUAUUUAUCAUGGUUUUCGCUUUUUGUCCCUACCAUAUCGGUAGCUUUGCAAUAGCGGGAUUGGGAUUACAAGAUUAUGCAGCUGCAUCCCAUUUCGAAGGACUAGUAACGACAUUGUGCGGUUAUUAUGUGAUCGGGAUCUGUUUGGUAGUUCUUCAUACACUUGCAGGUCUAUUAGGUUUUUACGAUUCGCAGCGUAUACUAGGUUUAUGUUAUGUUAUAGUAAAGGUUUCUUUACUAUCCGUCGUGGAGAUAGGUGUACUGCCUUUGGUGUGCGGUUGGUGGUUAGAUAUGUGUUCGUUGGCAAUGUUCGACGCUACGCUCAGAGACAGAGAGUCCUCGUUCCGAUUAGCUCCUGGCACUUCGAUGUUUAUUCAUUGGUUGGUUGGAAUGAUUUAUAUAUAUUAUUUUGCUUCAUUUAUUCUACUGUUACGGGAAGUGUUGCGGCCUGGGGUACUGUGGUUCUUGAGGAACUUGAACGAUCCCGACUUUUCCCCUAUCCAAGAAAUGAUACAUCUUCCAAUUUUGAGACACAUGAAAAGACUCGUUGCGUCCACAGUUAUAUUUGGAACAACUAUUUUAUUAAUGUUAUGGUUGCCGGUAAAACUGUUGCGAUGGGCAUGGCCAGGAUUUUUACCAUAUACAGUGACUGUUCAAAGCGAGGCUCAGGUCAGCGAGUUUUCUUUGGAAUUGUUGUUGCUGCAAGUGGUUCUUCCUGCGUUGUUGGAACAAACUCAGACCCGUACAUGGUUAAAAUCUCUCGUCAGAGGCUGGUGUCGAGUAGUGGCCUGGAUGCUGGAUCUCCAAUCGUAUCUUCUAAGAGAUCAGACAGAGGAUCCAGGACCAGCGGUGAUCGAAGAACCGCAACAUCUUCAUCUUGGCGCCGCGCAUCAGGCAUUAUUACAAAGAGACGGACCAACAACUUUUCAACCAUACGUCAGACCACGCUGGUUUCCCGCUAGAUUAAUCGGUCUUUUGUUCUGCGUAUGUAUUUCUCUCGUUAUCGCAAGCUUGAUCGCAAUGACUCUUCCCGUUUGGCUUGGACGCAGAGUAAUGGCGUUGUGGAUGGUUGGAGCACCAGCUCCAUCUCCGCCAGUAUUGCCGCCAGCUUUGAGUGGUUCUGAAACGAACGAAGCAGUGGUUGCUUUAUCUGGACGAGUGCAUGAGCUCUACACUGUAGCUUGUGGAACGUAUGUAUGCUGGGCCGCGGCGAGAGGACUCGCCCUAGCAUUUUCUUGGCUACCACGUGGCCGAAGAGCCGUGUUAGAUAGAGUGAAGCAUUGGGCAAUCAUAGGCGUGAAAGCGUCGGUUGCAUUUUUUCUACUUAUUGGCCUAAUACCGCUUUUGUUUGGUCUCCUCCUCGAAUUAGUUGUCGUAGUACCUUUACGUGUACCAUUGGUACAGAAUCCAAUAUUAUUCAUCUGGCAAGAUUGGGCUUUAGGUGUCCUCUACACGAAAAUAGUAACAGCUAUUGCAAUGAUGGGACCGGAUUGGAGAUUUCGCAUGGUGAUCGAACGAGCAUACAACGACGGCAUUAGAGAGAUGGAUUUAAAAUUUAUCGUGACCAAAUUGGCGGCUCCGGUAAUAUGUUGCUCCGGUCUUGCUCUAGCUGUUCCAUACGCCGUAGCCUAUGGAAUAGUCCCGCUACUGAUUACAAAUCUACAAACACAAAUUCUCAUCGCCAGACAUUUAUAUCCUUUCCUCCUAAUGGUGUACUUAGUGUGUAUGAUUAUAUAUUUUCAAAUUCGACAAUUUAAGAAGCUCUACGAACAUAUAAAGAAUGACAAAUACCUCGUGGGACAAAGACUAGUGAAUUACGAACAUCGGAAUAAAUCUCAGUCGCAACAACAGUCACAAGCGUCCAGCUAAAGUUGUUAGUGUCAUUGUUUUUCAAUGGCAAUAUCAAAUCGAUGAAAACUUCUACGAACAUAUAUUCUCUGUUACGCAGAAGUACAACAGAUCCAUUAACUUCUGUUGACUGGAUCCUACUUUUUGCUACACUACUUUAUUGACGCGCAAACGAUGCCGGAGCAAUUAAAAAGAGAUUGUUGUUUUAUUAUACUUGUACAUUGUAAAAGAAAUUAUUUCGAUGUUACGAAGCACAUUACGCGCGAUAUCAAACAAAUACGAUUUAAAGGACAUAUGAAAUUCAACGUCAUUUGUUUAUUGUCAAUAAAACUGAUCAUCUUUUAAGUUGAACAUGAAGUUCUCUGUCUUUGAAUUACAAUGUACAAAGUUUCAAACUCUGUUCUGUUCCCUAGAAAAUAGAGUUUCAGACAAGGAAUAUCGUGAAAGUAUAUCUACAUUUUAAUUGAAAAUGUUGUUGGGCAAAAAAAUUACCGCAAUCAUAUUUUAUUGUAAAAAAUAUUAAGACUUAAGCAGAAAAUAUCUAUACACUGAAUGGAAAUAAAGAGAAAUAUAUUUCCUGAAAAUAUUA